AUGACUACUGUCCACAAGCUUGCUGACACCAUCACUUGUUAUUGCUGUGAUGCUACGUUUGCAAGAAAAUCCAUUUUUGAUAACCAUUGCAAAGAAGUUCGGAAUAAGGCAAAGAUGAAGCAUGCAAUGCCUAUAGCAAAGUCUAUCCGUUAUCGGGACCCUGUUUUAGUAAUCUACUCUAACGACAAAAUUAUUCCACGUUCUGCUCUUCCGAUUCUCGCAGAAGCUGCAGUUGAUAUCAUCAACGCUGUUGGAUUAGAUAAAUUGGGAAUUCGUGUGAAAAAACAAAAUCUUGAUCGCGGACCUAUGAGUGAGAAGCGAGAAGAUGGAAUCACCAUAAAGCUGUGA